AUUAUAAUUAAAUUACUGAAAGUCUGAAACCCUGUCCAGCUUCAUAGAGGUUUCGGCUACAUGUAUAGCACGGACAUUCCACAAGAAAGGAAACCAAAGAAAGUACAGAAAGUAGCAUGGAGUAAAGAAGAUGAGACACAUCGCCAAGCACUCAUUAAAUGUGCUAAGGCAUAUGCUAAAGCUGAACAGGAAGUUCUCUCCAUUCCAGGUACUUCAGCUAUUGGAGAUAUACAAUAUGCAGUUUCUCUCCUUAAUGAACAAAAUAAAGCUGAAAUCUGGCCAGAUCAAUUCAAACCAGAAUACGAUCUUUCACUUGCAGAGUCUCCAGUAAAGGAGGCCUUAGUUGCAGCUAGAAUUCUAGGAGAAUUCUCAGAUUUAACAGUAAAAUUAAUUGAAGAGCUUAAUUAUGAUUUUUAUUGGGCUGUUAAUGAAACCUCAAAAAUUCUUUCAAAAGUUCAAGAAGAUUCAUACGAUGGUGAUGAUCUUAAAGAUUAUGACCUUAGAGAGUGUGAUAACUCUAUGGAAGUCAAUGAUAUGUCAUCACCCGUACCUUCACAACAUGAAUAA